AUUUAUUUGAUGUCAAUUAUUGGAGUAUUGGGUGGUAUUUGUUCAGGAAAAACGUUAUUCUGUUCGUUAAUGAAAGAAAUGUAUGGCUACUAAAUAGUUUACUUUGAUCAGGAAAUUGAUUUGAAUAAAACUGCUAUGCAAAUAUAUAAUAACUGGAAUACACCUACAAUUAUCACAGCGAUCACAACAAAGGAGCAGUUACGAGUCUUGAAGAAAAGAAACUAUUUUCACUUAAUAUAUUUGGAUGCACCUUCAUUUACAAGAUAUAGAAGAUAUUGUGAAAAGAAUGAAACAAUCAAGUUUGAAGAUUUCGUGAGACUUGACGAUAAAGUAUCAGAAUUUUCACUUAUUUAAGCAAAAAUAUGAUCUAGAUUUCUUGGAGUUGGCAAAGAAUUGCAAGGUUUAUCUUAAAAAUAAUACAAACGCAAUUGAAGAAUUCAGAAAUUACUUGAAGCAAUAAAUGUCUAAGAUUAUUAGACCAUUUCGACCUGAUUGGGAUGUAUAUUUUAUGAAAGUAAGAUUAUAAAUCUAAACAUUUUAGAUUGCAUAUACAGUCAAAUAAAGAAGUAAUUGUAUGAAGAAGAGUGUCGGCGCAGUGCUAAUUAACAACAAUAAAAGAAUUUUAAGCACCUCUUAUAAUGGAACUCCAAAAGUGAUGAAAAAUUGUAAUGAAGGAGGGUGUGAUGUUUGUAAGGAAUCAAAAACCUUAGAUCUGAUUUUAUACAAGUGUAUGUGCAUUCAUGCAGAGGAAGGAUGCAUUUUAGAAUUAGGAAUCACACAAACUAGAAAUACUACUUUGUAUACAACGUUGUUUCCAUGUGUUUGGUGUUGUAAAGCCCUUUUGUAAGCUGUAUGAUUUAGAAAUUAUUUUAAGGAAGUUUCAAGAAUAGUAUAUUGUGAAUAAGGCAAUUGGGAUCUAUCUUUAAAAAUUAUAUAGAAUUUAAUAAAGUAUGAUUAAAUAGAUAUUGAAAAAUAUAUUUAUUGA